UAAUAAUUCCCUUCGCUUUCAUUUUCACAUGUUCUUCUUCGUCCCUAAGAUUCUCUCUUUUUCUUCUUUGAUUUAAAUUCCAUAUUAUUGGAAUUAAAAAAAAAAAAUCAGAAAAUUCAAAAUCACAUAUCAGUCCCUUUCAGAAAGCCCUAAUUUUGCUCUGCAACUCCAACGAUCUGAAACCUCUUUUUUUAUUUUUCGUCACAAAUCUUGAACAACUAUGCUACAUAGGAGUUUCAAGCCCGCGAAAUGCAAAACAGCGUUGAAGCUUGCGGCGUCGCGGAUAAAGCUGUUGAAGAAUAAGAAGGAUGCACAGGUGAAGCAGUUGAAAAGGGAUGUGGCUCAAUUGCUAGAGUCUGGGCAGGAACGGACUGCUAUGAUUCGUGUUGAACAUGUUGUCAGGGAGGAGAAGACAAUAGCAGCAUUUGAACUUAUUGAAAUAUACUGCGAACUCAUUGCAGCACGCUUACCAAUCAUUGAGUCACAAAAAAACUGCCCCAUUGAUCUGAAGGAAGCAGUUGCAAGUGUAAUAUUUGCAUCUCCAAGGUGUGCGGACAUUCCUGAGCUCAUGGACGUCCGCAAACAUUUUACAGCUAAAUAUGGAAAAGAAUUUGUCUCUGCUGCUGUUGAAUUACGUCCAGAUUGUGGUGUAGGCCGUAUGUUGGUUGAGAAGUUAUCUGCCAAAGCACCUGAUAGCCAGACCAAGAUCAAAAUCUUGAGUGCAAUUGCUGAGGAACAUAACUUCAAAUGGGAUCCUAACUCAUUGCAAGAGAAAGAUACAAAGUCUAAUGAGGAUUUGCUGAGUGGACCAAACACUUUCGAGAAGGCCAGUAAAACGUAUGUGGAACCUCACGUCCAAGCUCCACCUAAUCAUGAUUACAGGGGACCUCCUAAUGUUCAAGUUUCACCUAAACAUGAAGCAAAGCAUGAUGUAUCUGGAAACUUCCACAAUUCAAGAUCGCCUCACUCCCAAAAUUUUAAUUCUGCAGAUGUCAGUGCCAAUAAGGCAACAACAUUUGGCACCUUUAAUGCAGAAGCAGGAUCUUCAGGAACUGGAAGUGAAGAGAAAGAAUUUAGGCAGUCAUAUUCUGGGGAUAGUAAUGCUUUUUCUUCGAGUAGGCAGAAUUGGAAUAUGGAAUUUAAAGAUGCUACUGCUGCUGCACAGGCAGCUGCUGAAUCUGCAGAGCGUGCAAGCAUGGCUGCCAGAGCAGCUGCCGAACUUUCAAGUCGUGAAAAGUUCACUGGGCAAUAUUCUAUGGAAUCACCAAAGUCUUCUGCUUAUGGUCUAAGCCAUGAAGGGUCUCAAAAAUAUGCGGAGUCAAAGUUGCAAGGUGGACAUCUUGCCAAAGGUCCAAUUAGUAAUGCCUCUCCUAGAAGAAAUUCUUGGAAGCAAGAUGUUCAAGUUGAUCAUACUGAACAAGAUAAUUUGGCAGGAGCAGCUGACAGGUUUUACAGGGAUGAUCAUAAGAACACUGAGAAAUCUACCUGGUCAGCUUCCGUUGAUAAUAACCCAUUGGUUAAUGUUUCCCAAAAGACAGAUAGAUAUACUCAAAGGAACUCAUCUGAACUAGAGAACAGUGACUCUGUAGGUGAAGUGAGUGUGAAGAAACAAUCCAGUAAUAAUAAGGUAGAAUUUGUUAGUGACCUGAAUGAUGGUAUGAAAUCUGAAAAAAUUGAUUAUGUUGGAGAUUUAAGAAUCAGAAAACAAUCAAGCAGAGCUUCCUCUCAUUCAAGCACUUCUAGUGAUGAACACAUUGAUAUUUUGAAUUUGAACCACCAAAUGUUAGGGAAUGAUGCUGAUCAGGACUCUCCUGUUAUUGAUGAAGUGAAUAUCGGCACAAAUGAUGAGGAGACGACUUCUUAUGACAAUGCUGCUGUAGUUUUUGAUGGAUAUGGUUCUGGUGAUAAUAACUACAAAUUUGAUGAAGAGAAUGAGUUCACAAGGCAAGAAUCUAGUUUGUUUUUUUCAUCACCAGGUAGAAAAUCACCUGUAAAUCUGUUCGAAAAUACAAAUGCUUGGAGCCCCAGGAGAAACAUUGGUGAGUCCUUGGAAGAUUCUAUUUUUCAAUCACAUUCUUUCAGUGAGCAGCCUUCUUCUUCUGUGGUUUUUUCUGAAAGUUUGACAAGUUCUACAGCUCCUUCACAGCCACAUGAUCUGUCACAUGUAACUUAUGAUGAUUCAGAGGGCCCAAGUUCUGAUGGUGAAGAGGAGCUAGACAAAUCAAAGCUUGUUGGGAGUGACUCUGAUAUAUAUCAUCGUGAACAGAAUGUUUACGACAGAAAUUCUGAUCUGAACCAGAGUGCAAGUCAUGGGUUAACAGGAUCUUCAUCUGUAGAGAAGGAAAAUGUGGCAUCUAACAGAAAGCCAUGGUUACCAACCUCUUCAGUUGAUUCAGACCCCAUGGAAGUACGCUUUGAUACAAACCAAGGAAAUAAAUUUAGUAUUGUAUCUGAGAAAAAGUUUGGUUAUGGUGACGUGCCAUCUCCAAGAGAUAAGAAAUCAGAAUCAGACUUGAGCAUCAAGUACAAUGACCACACGCCACAGUUAACUGAUGCUAGGAAAGAUGAUGAACUUCUGAAAGAAUCUAGUCUAGAUAGUGGUAGUGAGUUGAACUUUGGAAAGUUGAAAGGAGGCCUUCGAAAUAAGGGUUUCAGGCAUCCACCUUAUACUAGGAGUCCAUCAGGCAGUGCCUCAUCACUCAAACAACCAUCAGAUGAUACUUUUUCCAAAAUCGAGCAAUCCUCUUCUUCUGUAAUGGGCAGGACUUCAGUUAGUUAUGAUGUUGGCAAUGAAGAGCCACACAAUCAGAAGGUGAUUUUAAAACAAAGUAAAGAACCAUACUCAACAGUCUUGGUCUCAUCUUCUGAUUCUGAUAAUGAUGAUUCGAAGGAGGAGCUCUCACAACAAUCUAUUAGCAGUAGCCGAGAGCCAUACAAUCAGAAAGCAGGCACUAAAGUAAAUAAAAACUCAAGCUCAAGGGUCCCAAUUAAAUAUUUUGGUGCAGAUACUAGUGAUUCUGAGGAAGAUCUUCCUAAACAGGCUUCCUCUAGCAAUGCUCGACCAAUUACUGGAUUGUCGCGGAGGACCAAAGCCCCUUCUUCAAGUACCAGUAGAAGUUCUUAUUCUAAGGCUACAGAUAUUCCUGAGGAAUCAUUGACUCCUGACUAUGGAGUGGAAGGGAAAGCCUAUUCAAGGAGCUCAUAUGCUAGAGAAUCUCUAACAAAGCCCUCAUCUCAGACUAAGAGCUCAGAUCACUGGGGAAGUGAUGAGCAGCGUCAGUCAACAGAGCAGGCAGCUUCUAAGCCAAUGCCAGUAUCCAAGAGGUCCUUGCAUGAGGAAAGUUUAAAGUCAUCCACAAGGAAACAGUCAUCUGGUUCUCUUCCAGAGAUAUUAACUUCAGUUAGCACUGAAAGGAAAGCCCCUUCAAGGAGCUCCUAUGCUAGUGAUGCUCUAACAAAGCCUUCAUCUCAGACCAAGAGCUCAGAACACUUGGGAAAUGUUGAGCUGCGUCAGUCAACUGAGCAGGCAGCUUCCAAGCCAAUGCCAGAAUCCAGGAGGUCCUUGUAUGAGGAAAGUUUAAAGUCAUCCGCAAGGAAUAAUUCAUCUGGAUCUCUUCCAGAGAUAUUAACAUCUGUUAGCACUGAAAGGAAAGCCUCUUCAAGGAGCUCGUAUGCUAGUGAAGCUCCAACAAAGCCCUCAUCUCAGACCAAGAGCUUAGAUAGCUUGGUAAGUGCUAAGCAGCGUCGGUCAACAGAGCAGGUAGCCUCUAAGCCAAUGCCAGAAUCCAAGAGGUCCUUGCGUGGGGAAAGUCUGAAGUCAUCUACAGGAAACCAUUCAUCCGGUUCUCUUCCGGAGAGAUCAACCUCAGUUGAAAUUCCACGGUCUCCAAGUUCAAGUGCAGAAACUCCAUCUAAGGAAAAGGGUAGUCAUGUUCACCCAAAGCUUCCCGACUAUGAUGCCAUAAGUGCACACUUCCAGUCUCUCCGACAGAGUCGGUAAUAAAUUGAGUUACUUACCACAUAGAAUAUAGGUACUGUUACAUGAUUAUUGUGGGUUGUUAUACUUUUACAAUGUGUAUGUUUGUAAUUACAUUUUUGAUCCGAGAACCCAAAUAGCUUUGUUUGUUAUAGCCUUAUAGGAUGAGUAAGAUUAUAGUUUCCUUGUCCAAAACGAGUCAUGUCAGUUAAUAUAUUUUUUUUGGUCA